AUGAAAACAGCGGUAGUCAAUGCUUUAAAUGAUAAGAGGCCAUACAGAAAAUUAAUUGAAAAAACAGAUCUUUUCAGUCAACAACUAGAAAUCGAAAAGAAUUAUUCAUCAGAGAUUUUUGAUUUAUGGGAAGAUUAUGCUGAAUUUGAUGAAAAGUACUUGAUGUCAAUAAAUGGGGAAGCUGUUAGAAAAACUGAUAUUGAAAAAUGGUUAAAUAAACAUUUAAAGCAGGAUUUUAAAUUAUUAAGGAUAAUUUACCGGAGUAAAUUACUUCCAUUAUAUGAAAUUUUUGGUGAACCGAUUAGCCCCCAAAUUAAAUCAGUUUUAGGAAUAGACAAUCUUACGAAAAUUCUUAUGACAGGGAUUGUAACUAAAUCUAAUAAAGAAUCAUUUGAUGUGAUUGAUAAAACUAUUGUAAGAAUACGAUCCGGUAAUCAUACUGGUUUUUUCACAAUAAUUGAAAAGUUUGAUGAGAUCAAUGAUAUAAACCCAGAAGACUUACAAAUUAUGUGGAUGCUAGUUGGAUUUCCUGAUGAAAUCAACUUUUAUAGUCUAUAUACACGAGAACUAUCUAUACUUAGUAUGGAAUAUCAAGAUAUUGAUAAUGACAAAACAAGCGUAUUAGUAGAUGUUCCAGAAAAUUUACCAGAAAACUCUAGAAUAGUUGUAUCAUUUGAAUACCCUUUGUCAAGCGAUUAUUUAAUAACCAAGAAUAAUAAAAUCGAAUUAAAAUUAGAUUCUAAUCUAUAUGAUAAUACCUACCUUGAGGGUAUGGAUUUAAAACCUGAUAAUGGCCCUGAAAACGAAUUUGAAGCUGAUGAAGUUGAAAGUGCUUCAGUAUCUCAACCUUCACCAUUUUUUAUGCGUACAUAUAGAAAAUACUUUUCCUCUAAUAAUAUAGAAAUUGAAUUCUGA